UCUCCACAGAUGCUGCCUGGCCUGCCGAGAUACUCCAGCAUUGUGUGUGUCAAUCUGCAGAGAUGGGAGUCUGUGUCCAGGAGUGCGCACCGAUAGAGACUACAACACCCACAGUGCCCCGCGGCCCGGCGCCAGUGACGGUAUCGGAAAGCGACGCGGCCUAGGGAGGAUGGAGCCGCCGUCGGCCUCGCUCUUUCCUGCCUUCACCGGGACCGCAGCGACCAGCGCCGGCUCCGCCGCAGGAUUGGAUUGGCUCAGUAAUCGGAGCUUCCGCACUGAGGAUGCCCUGCAGCUGCACCAACGCAUGGUGGGGAUUGCAGCAGACUCGCCCCAGGGGUCACCGCAGGCAAGCACUUAUUCCGACCGUGAUGCGUCUGGGACACUGUCCCCCAGAUUGGUUGUCAGCGGGGAAGAGCACCCUGCGGCCAAAAAGAAGAAAAAGAAGAAAAAACAUCAUCGUCACAAAAAAGAGAAGAAGAAAAGCCGAGAGAGAGAUCAUUCCAGCGGUAACUCUGACCCUGAGCUCCUCUGGGAGAAAGGCAAGCAGCCCAGCACUGUGAGGAAUGAUGUCUGUGCCGAUCUUCCUGCGGGUGAAUUCAUGUGGCUGGAUGACAUUCAAUCGCUUUCUGGCCAGAGCUUCUGCAUCGACAGGAAGGCUGAUCCUGCCAACUGGAUGUACAAAUCGCUCUAUCGUGGCGACCUGGCAAGGUACAAGAGGAAAGGGGAUGUCUGCAUUGGCCUUAACCCCAAAAAGCAGCAGAUCCUUUGGGAAGGUCCCAAGCAACAGAAGAAGAAGAGGGCGAAGAGGAGGGAGGAUCGAUACUACAGCACAUCGAGCCUUCAGCAGCUGAGGAUUGACGCGGUUGCCGUCCGUUGUGAAGAUGCUUCGCAGGGCAACACCCCCGCUGUCGCGCCUGCCUUCAUCCCCGUGCCGGACUGGGAAGAGAGCGAGAGUCGAUCGUCGGGCCCCGUCAGUUGGGUCAAUCCGCUGGGGAUCUACGACGCUUCCACCAGCCUGUGGCUGCAGGGGAAGGGACGGCCCGAGCAGGAAGACAAAGGCCGCGUCCCCACGGACUCCGGUGAGGAAGUGAAUGCCGCCAUGCUGGCCAAGGUGGAGAGGUUCAACAGGUUGCUGAGGGAGGACUCGAGCAACGUCCAAACCUGGAUGGAGUUCGUUCAUUUUCAGGAUGAGUUAAUGCAAGGUCCAAAUCCGUUCACGGCGGCCACGGGGGAAUCUGAGAAGAGGAAGAGGUCACGGCGGAUGGUCCUGGAGAAGAAGCUGGCUAUUUUGGAGCGGGGCAUCGAGAGCAACCCCAGCCGGGUGGAGCUGAAGGUGGCCCGUCUGCAGCUGUGCCAGGAGGCCUGGGAGCCGUCCAGCUUGGUCAAUGAGUGGAAGAAAGUGGUCUUCCUUCACCCCAACGACACCGCCCUGUGGCAGCGCUACCUCCUGUUCUGCCAGAGCCAGUUCAGCACCUACUCGACGUCCAAGGUCAAUGGCACCUACAGCAAAUGUCUCAGCACCCUGGCGGCUGCCCUGGACGGGACACUCGUGUCCCAUCCCACCCUUCCCGGCACCGAAGAAGCCAUGCUGGCAAUUUUCCUGCAGCAGUGUCAUUUCUUGCGGCAGGCCGGCCAUUCGGAAAAGGCCAUUGCCCUCUUCCAGGCUCUGAUUGACUUCACCUUCUUCAAGCCUGACAGCGUGGCCGGGCUGACGACCAAAGCACAGGUGGAGUUCUUCGAGCCGUUCUGGGAUAGCGGUGAGCCCCGGUUUGGAGAAGCGGGAGCGAGAGGUUGGAAGGCCUGGAUGCGACAGCAGGAGAAAGGUGGAUGGAUUAUCCUGAACGAGGAAGGAGAGGAUGAGGAAGAGGAUGAAGAUGGGGAGGAGAUCAAGGACAAGAGCCGACCCAAGUGGCAGCUCUGGAUGCAGGUAGAAGGUGCCCGCGACGCCAAGCACUGGUUGCCAUGGCGAGCCAAGAAGGUGAAGGGUCAAGCGGAGGAGGAUUGCGAGGAUCCUGACAGGCAGGUGCUGUUUGAUGACAUUGGGGACUCGAUGUUCAGGAUCUGCAGCCCCGGGCUGAAGUUCCAGCUCUUGUCCUGCUUCCUGCGUUUCCUGGGGGUCCCCGCCGGCUCGGAGCUGCCCCCCUCCUGCCUGAACCUGGCGCUGGACGAGCCGGCCCUGCUGGCCAGCGGAUCGGAGGGCGCCAUGCUGGCGGACGGCUCCGGCCCUUCUGCCGGCGGGGUGGCGGCUGUCGGCCUCCUGGACGCGGGGCCCCGACUGGGGACCGGGCACUGCAGGGCCGGGGAGGAGUUCAUCCGCUUCGUUUUCCAACAAGCCCUGCCUCAUCUCUCCGGGGAAGAGCAGUCGGAGCUGGCUCUGAGCUGGCUGCUCUACGAGAAAUCCAAGGUGGUGCAGAACCUGCGUCUGGGAAGCAAGAGGGUGAAGCCGCAGGGCAAGAGGAGCAAGCGGCUGGCCAAGAGGCUGCUGAAGGAGCCAGCCAACCGCAACAGCCUGGCCUUGUGGAGGGAGUUUGCCCACCUGGAGUGGCUGCUGGGCAACGUGGACGAGUCGCGGCGGGUCUUCCACACGGCCGUGUCCUCCGAUGCCGCGCAGGGACUGUCCAGCUCCUCGCUCUGCCGGCUCUGCCUCCUGUACGCCUCGCUGGAGCUGGAGGUGGUGGGGCACGCAGCUUGUCCUCGCGCCCUGCACGUGCUGACCAGGCUGGCCCAGGGGGACGGGCGGCCGUUCGCCGGUGAUGUGCCGGCGGUGGACGUGCUGAAGGCGCGGCGGAGCUACGAGCAGGCGGCACGGAGUCUCCCCGCCGACCCCAAUCACCUGGCCAGCCUGGCCGGCUGCUACGCCCUCUUCCUCUACCUCACGGCGGGCCUGCAGGCCGCCGACACACUCUACCAACAGGCGGCCGACUGGCUGGACGUGCUGCCCCUCCCGGCGGAGUCGGCGCCGGCCGCAUCCUCGCACGUGUCCGCCUCGCGCCGCCUGGCCACCAUGCACGUGGCGCUGCUGUGGUUCCACGCCCGGGCGGGCCCCCGCCCCAGGCGGCCCCUGGUCGAUGCACUGCAGGCUGCCCUGCGCCGCUUCCCCGGCAGCCCGCGCCUCUGGCGGCUCUUCGUGCGGCUGGCCAGCACCGCGCCGCACAGCGGCAGCACCGCACGCCGCUUCUUCCACAGCCUCACCCGCGCAAACAGAGGCGACAUCUUGCCAUGGCUGUUCGCCAUCCACGCAGAGGAGCAGAGGAAGCAGCGCAUCGACUCAGUACUGAGGGCGGGUGCUGGGAUGGAGCACAGCAUGGUGCCGGAGACGGGCCUGGACAAUCGUAUCGCAGCGCUGUUUGAGCACGCCGUGGGGUCGGAGGCAGGAGCGCACUGCGUCCUGCUCUGGAGGAUGUUCCUGCGGUUUACGGCGGCGCGAGGGGAUGUGGGGCGGACGAGAGGAGUGUUCUACAGAGCGCUGCAACACUGUCCCUGGGCCAAGGUGCUGUACUUGGACGCAGUCCGUCUGCUACCCGAGCGGCUGCAAGAAAUCACUGACUUGAUGACCGAGAAGGAAAUCCGCCUCCGUCUUCCCCUCGAAGAGCUGGACAUUCUGGUGGAAGAUUAACGAG